AUGCGCCCCCAAAGAUAUUUCCGCCAAGGGUUGUACAUUACUAUCUGCUACAAGAUGGCGGAAGUAGACCCGGAAACCUUGUUGGAAUGGUUGCUUACUGGGCAAGGCGAUGAACGGGAUAUGCAACUUAUUGCUUUAGAACAACUAUGUAUGCUCCUGUUAAUGUCAGAUAAUGUCGAUAGAUGUUUUGAGAGCUGUCCUCCUCGAACAUUUCUCCCAGCCCUUUGCAAAAUAUUCCUGGAUGAAUGCGCUCCAGAUAAUGUUUUGGAAGUCACAGCAAGAGCCAUAACAUAUUACCUAGAUGUUUCAGCUGAAUGUACUAGACGCAUUGUAGCUAUUGAAGGUGCUAUUAAGGCUAUCUGUAGUAGGUUACUUACAGUUGAUCCAAAUAACCGCACUAGUAAAGAUCUUGCUGAACAGUGCAUCAAAGUAUUAGAAUUAGUGUGUACUCGAGAGGCAGGUGCAGUCUGGGAAGGUGGCGGUCUACCAGCUGUAUUGCAUUUUAUCACACAUUAUGGCACAUCUGUGCAUAAAGACACACUCCACUCAGCUAUGGCAGUUGUUUCAAGGGUUUGUGGUAAAAUGGAACCAGGAGAUGAGCGUGUAGGAGAUGCUGUAUCCUCACUAUCAACUCUUUUGAGACAUAGUGAUGCCAGAGUUGCUGAUGCUGCAUUACGAUGCUUUGCGUCCCUUGCGGAUAGAUUUGCCCGAGCACAUGCUGAUCCAGCUCCACUUGCUGAGCAUGGUCUCAUAGAGGAAUUAGUACGAAGACUCGGUAGCACUGAAAGCACUGAAGAUAAGUGCCUUGUCCCUUCUGUGUCUACAACUGUUAGCCUUCUGUCCACCUUGUGUCGCGGCUCAGCACAGAUAACUCAUGACUUGGUUCGCUUGGACCUCUGCUCGGCAAUUGAGGCAGCAGUUCAGGCUGAUGAGCGGUGGUGCUUAGAGUGCAUGCGUCUAGUUGAUUUACUGCUUGUUCUCCUGUGUGAAGGGAGACAUGCUAUACAAACUGUAAGCAGCCGCAACGGGAACUCCGUGACGGGCUCGAGCAGCGGGGCCAGCGGGGAGGGCUCGAGCGGUGGGGGCGGCGUGAGCAGCGGGACUAGAGGCGACAAGUCACACCGGCAGCUGAUCGACUGCAUCCGCGGGAAGGACACGGACGCCCUGCUAUCGGCAGUCUCCAGCGGCGCGGUGGAUGUCAACUUCACGGACGACGUCGGCCAGACGCUGCUGAACUGGGCGGCUGCCUUCGGCACGCGCGAGAUGGUGGAGUUCCUAUGCGAGAAAGGCGCGGACGUCAACCGUGGUCAACGUAGCUCGUCUUUGCACUACGCUGCGUGCUUUGGGCGUCCGGCAAUCGCCAAGGUCUUGCUUCGCUACGGUGCCAAUGCAGAUUUGCGCGACGAAGAUGGCAAAACUCCGCUGGAUAAAGCGAGAGAGAGACAUGAUCAAGGUCACAGAGAAGUAGCAGCCAUACUGCAGUGCCCAGGCGAGUGGCUCGUAGUCAGUAAUCAUGACUCGCCGGCUUCUUUAAAUGAAGAGGACUUCCCAGAAACUGGUGAUAAAGAGAUGGCUGCAAUUUAUUUAGAGCGGCUGGUGCCCGUGUUUUGCGCGCGCUACCUGGGCGCAGGCAGUGCGGGUGUACGUCGCGCUUGUCUUUCUUUGGUACGCAAGAUGGUGCACUACGCGCCCGCCACGCUGCUGCGGUCGCUCUCCACUCCGCGUGCGGCCGCUCUCCUCACGCACCUCAUAGCCAACGUACUCGACAAUCAGGAUGAUGAUGAUGGACACCUGAUCGUAUUGGGCAUCGCCGAGGAGUUGAUGGUGAAGGCGGCCGACAUCUACUUGGAGCAGUUCGCGCGUCUUGGAGUCUUUAGUAAAGUUGAGUCAUUGGCCGCUGUACCAGCGCAUCAACUCUCCCCCGACGGUGAAACUAUAGCUGCAGGCACCGGUGAGGACGCGUCGUGCCUGUCGAGCGGCGUGGCGUACAGCUGGGGCGAGUGGUCGCUGUGCCGCGGGCGGGACGCGCUCUACGCUUGGAGCGACGCGGCCGCCUUGGAGCUGAGCACCGGCAGCAACGGCUGGUUCCGCUUCCUGCUCGACGGCAAGCUCGCCACCAUGUACUCCAGCGGCAGCCCCGAGCACCAGACCGACAACACGGAGAAUCGUGGAGAAUUCAUUGACAAACUGCAGAGAGCCAGGGCAUCAGUGAAGAAUUCAGUGCCUCAACCUAUCCUCUCUAAACCAGGACCUGCCAAACUCAUCCUUGGAAACUGGAUAUUAUCUUGUAAAAAGGAGAAGGAACUACUUAUCCAUAAUACGGAUGGCCAACAACAGACAACCAUACUUCGGGAAGAUUUGCCAGGAUUUAUUUUUGAGUCCAAUAGAGGAACGAAACACUCUUUUACAGCUGAAACAUUUUUAGGUCCAGAAUUAGCUAGCGGCUGGGUAGAUCGAAGACCAGCAGUUGUAAACAAUGGGAAUAACAGCCAAAACCGAUCUCGGAUCUCAGCGAAAACGGAAGCGCAAAAAACACAAGUGGCGGAACGGGCGCGUGCGUUGUACGCGCGCCACCUUUGCAGUGCAGCCACACGCCAGCCUCGCCCACCUGUAGCGCGUCUUCGUGCGCUUCUCGCUCAGCUGCAACGUCUCGCCGAGCAGCCGACCGGUGAUUGGCAGAAGCAACUGAAGGAGUCAUUGGAUCAACUGACAGAGCUUCUUUGUGGUGAUGAACUGCUCUCAGCUUACGAGUUGCAAUCUUCGGGGCUAGCACCGUCUUUGCUGCAAGUCCUUUCGCCACAACCAAAUGAGUCGGCCGGGCAGACCGCCGAGCGGGAGCGGAUCGUGCACGAGUGGGUGAGCGGCGCCGAGUGGCGGGCGGGCGAGGCGCUCGCCGCGCGGCUCGUCGCCGUGCUCGAGAGCGUCGAGCGGCUGCCGGUGCUCGCGCCGGCGGCGGACGCGCCCGCACCCGCCGCCGGCUCGCUGCACCACCUCGCCAAGCGCAUCAGACUGCGCGUUGAGCGCGCCACGGACGAUACAACGGAGGACGGUGGCACAAGCAGCAGCAACAACGCCGGCCGCAACCUGAAGGUGGAAGCCCUAACCACCGUGCGCCAACUCGAAAAGUUCCUCGCAAAGUCCGUCGCGCGCCAGUGGUACGACAUGGACCGGUCCACAUUCACCUUCGUCCAGAAGAUCAAGGCCGAAGCCCCUAUCACCUUCACCUACGAUCACGACUUUGAUGAAAAUGGUGUGCUAUACUUCAUCGGUAGCAACGCCGGCACCAGUGAGUGGGUGAAUCCUGGCGCUCACGGCUUAGUUAGUGUUUGGUCUUCCGAUGGCCGACAGUUACCGUACGGACGCGCCGAAGACGCCCUCUCCAGGUCGCCCGAGCCAUUGAAUGUCCACACGAAUGAUGACAGAAGGGCCUUUAUAGCGCUGGACCUCGGAUUGCAUAUUGUACCUUCAGCUUACACCUUGCGUCAUGCUCGAGGAUAUGGACGAUCGGCUCUUAGAAAUUGGUUGUUCCAAAUGUCGAUGGACGGCGUGGCGUGGAGCACCUUGGCGGCGCAUAGCGACGAGCAGGCGCUGCAGGAGCCCGGCAGCACGGCCACGUGGAGGCUGCGCGCCGACGCCGCCUACCGCUACUUGCGCGUGCAGCAGAACGGCAAGAACGCCAGCGGCCAGAGCCACUACCUUUCCCUCUCCGGCCUCGAGCUCUACGGAAAGGUGGUGAGCGUGGUCGAGAGUCCGCCGCGGCAGUGCGGCAGCGGGGCCAGCUCGGGCGCCGCCACGGGGCCGGCGGUGGGCGGCGGGGGCGGGGGCGGGGGCGGCGGCAGCGCCAGGUCCCGCCGCUGGUCGCGCUGCACGCGCGGCCUCUGCGUGGGCGCGAGGGUGCUCCGUGGCACCGACUGGAAGUGGCGUGACCAGGACGGCACCUCGCACCCGGCGAUGGGCACCGUCACGUCCGAACUGCACAACGGAUGGGUCGAUGUCAGGUGGGAUCACGGCGGGCGCAACUCGUAUCGGAUGGGCGCGGAGGGCAAGUUCGACCUGAAAGUGGUGAGCGGGGGGGCGAGCGGCGCGGGCGCGGGGGGCAGCGAGUCCCGGGCCAGCCGCAAGAGCCACUCCACGCCCAGCCUGCCCGACGCCACCGCCGUCGACCACCAGGUGUCGGUAGCGUCAACUGAACAAGCGUCGUCGGCAGAUAAUAUAUCUGGCGAGGAAAUGUCGAGUAACAUGUCGCGGCCACGAAUGCACGCCACAGAAGAUGUAUCCGCUAUCAACAACUCUUCCCACCAUAUUAAUACAGAUCUCGCAACCAUUGUGGAGUCAUUGACUCUUGGAGCCGAAGGUAACAACUGCUUAGCAGACUUAGGAGGCGCAUCAUUUACGAAUAUGGAGAUGGGACCGACCAGCAUCACAGACAUAACAAAACCGUAUCCCGCAAAGGAACCACUUCCAGAAGCUAAUACACAAGAGGAGGGCGAGGCGCGUGGCAACGACAGCGAUGCGAUGAGGAACAGCGCCAACGCUCUGCUGUCGAGCGAGCUGCUCGCCCUGCCCGCUUCGCUGCUGCACACGCUGCGAAACAACGCCAACCGCUUGCAUAUCCAGUGCGAGGACAGUGAAAGUAAUGAAGGUCAAUAUAGUGAUCACAAGAAGGACAAUCAAGCUGGUGGCACCGGUGCCAUGAGCGCAAGUGAACCUGAUCUGACGCAGCAGAGUUGUGUGCUUGGCGCGGCGCGACUUCUCGAGUCGCUAGGAGUGGGCCGCGGCUCCGCUGUGCGAUCGGCUGCGCCACAACGCAGCUCGCGCCCUAACCACACCGCCAGCCUCUUCCCUAGCCUGGUCCGACUGGCGCUGUCUAGUAACUUUCCUGGAGGCUUGCUGUCUGCUGCUCAAAGUUACCCAUCGCUGGCUCCAAAUGCGCAAAAUGCACUUACUUUGUCUUUGACCUCAACCUCGAGUGAAAGCGAACAGGUUUCCUUGGAAGAUUUCCUAGAAUCUUGUAGAGCACCAGCAUUGUUAACUGAACUAGACGACGAUGACGAAGGAGAUGACGUCCUCGAUAGCGAUAAGGAAAAUGAUCCUACUUAUCAAGAGGUUUCCCGCAAUCUGCUGUCCCUGAUGGAGGAGGAGGCGUUGGAGGUGGUGCGGUGCAGCGGAGGUGGUGGUGGAGCUGGUGGCGCUGGACCUCGUUCCCGCAAGCCCUGGGACGACGAUUUUGUGCUCAAACGCCAGUUCUCUGCGCUCAUACCCGCCUUCGACCCGCGCCCCGGAAGGACCAACCUCAACCAGACCGUUGAUCUCGACAUCCCACUGAAUGAGGACUCGGACGUCGAAGACAGCUCUGAGGAGACGAACGGCAACAUAGUGACGGAGAGCACUAGUGUUGCCGCGCGGCUCCCCUCACUGCGGCUCGUGCUGAGCUCGGGCGGGGUGUCGCUGCCACUGGAGCGCGCCUCCUGGACCCUGUACCGGGCCGUGCUCGCGCUUAACGCCAAGCUGCCGCCGCACGACACGCACAGGGACGCCACUUACACGUUGACGUAUAAGGAAAUCGACGGUAUGGAAACAUUUGCAUCGUCCAGCGAUAGUGAGGAUGAUGAGCCUUGUGAUCCAGAGCGCGGCGUGGCGGGCUGCGAUGGGCCCGAGGGCGCCAUGGUGACGUGCUGCGUGCGCGUGCUGCGGCGGCUGCGCGCGGCCGCGCCGGACCUGCCGCCCCACGCAUUCCUCUCCACCAAGCUCACCAACAAGCUGCACCAGCAGCUGCAGGACCCGCUCACGCUCGCCGCCGGCGCCGCCCCGCACUGGUGUCAACAACUAAACAACUGGUGCCCAUUCUUGUUCCCGUUGGAGACGAGGCAAAUGUUUUUCGCUUGCACAGCUUUCGGUACUUCGCGUACUAUAGUUUGGCUGCAGGCGCAGCGUGACCGGGCAUUGGACAGGCAAAGAGCGGGUAACACUGUGUCCCCUCGGCGUGCCGAGAUAGAGGCAACGGAGUUUCGCACAGGUCGUCUACGACAUGAACGAGUUCGAAUCCCGCGCCAGCCCAACUUGCUACGCUCUGCUAUGCAGGUGAUGCGCGUGCACGCUGGCCGCAAGUCGGUGCUCGAGGUGGAGUUCGCCGGCGAGGAGGGCACCGGGCUUGGGCCCACGCUGGAGUUCUACGCGCUGGUGGCGGCCGAGCUGCAGCGCGCCGACCUCUCGAUGUGGCUGCACGACCCGCCGCAGCUCGACCACGUCGACCACGACGACCACGUCGACCACGACGACCACGACCACGACCCCGUAACCGAACACCACGCCGUGGACCACUCUGAACACUUACACCACCUCUCGCUACUCGACGAGAAACCUCCUGGAUAUUACGUUACUCGUGUUGGCGGGCUGUUUCCAGCCCCACUUCCUCAAGAUUCUCCUAUCUGUGAUAAAGUUUGCAAAUAUUUUUGGUUCCUAGGAGUAUUUCUAGCUAAAGUGUUGCAAGACGGGCGGCUCGUUGAUUUGCCUUUAUCGGAGCCCUUCUUACGUCUUAUGUGUGGUGAAGAACUAACAACAGAACACCUAGAGGAGAUAGAUCCUAUAAGAUAUAGGUUCCUGGCGAGUGUGACGUCGGCGGCGGACGAGUACGACGCGGUGAUGUCCGAUCCGUCGCUGACGGAGGGCGAGCGGGAGAGGCGAGUGGGCGAGAUCACCGUGGAGGGCGCCACUUUCGAGCAGCUGGCGCUCACCAUGAGCCACGUGGCAUCUCACCCGGACCCCGCCGUCGCCCUGCAGCCGCUCUGCGACGGCGGCGAGCACGUCGAGGUGGGGCCGUGGAACGCGCGCGCGUACGCGUCCGCGUCGGCGCGCUGGGCGGUGGCGGGCGGCGUGCGGCGGCAGGCGGGCGCGUUCCGCGCGGGCUUCGGCGCUGUGUUCCCGCCGCGGCGGCUGCGCGCCUUCUCGCCCGCCGAGCUGCGGCUGCUGCUGUGCGGCGAGCGCGGCGCCGACUGGACGCGCGACCACCUGCUGCAGUACACCGAGCCCAAGCUGGGCUAUACGCGGGACAGUCCCGGCUUCCUGCGCUUGGUGGAGGUGCUGGUGGAGAUGUCGGUGCGCGAGCGCAAGGCGUUCCUGCAGUUCGCCACGGGCUGCAGCAGCCUGCCCCCCGGCGGCCUCGCCAACCUGCACCCGCGCCUCACCGUGGUGCGCAAGGUCGACGCGGGCGAUGGCUCCUAUCCGUCGGUGAACACUUGCGUGCACUACCUGAAGCUGCCAGAGUACUCGUGCAAAGAGGUGCUCCGCGAGAGGCUGCUGGCCGCGACCAACGAACGCGGUUUCCAUCUCAAC